UGUGAUUGGCUGCUGUCUGCAGCUGCCUGUCGGCUAGCUAAGCCUACGAAAACAAACGGCGCUUCGGGUUAGCGUCUCAGUUUUUUGGUUGUGUUUCCCAGGGCUGGCGACGCCUCGGCUCGGUUAUAUUAAAGCUCGUCUGAAUGUGUAUAGAAAGGAGCAGUUGUAGCUCUUAAUGCGACCUUCCCUCCUCACUAGGAACCACCAUGUCCGACGCGGCUAACGUUACUUCUACAGACAACAACGGAGAAUCGGGGCUUAACGGGUCCUGGGUGGAGUUGGAGAUGAACAGAACCCAGCCGGCCCAGGCGUCCUCGCCGGCCGCGCCGGGCCUGCUGCCUCUUCCUCAGGUGGAGGAAGAGGAGGCCCUGGUGGGGGGGCUGGAGCACGUCCCGUCGUCCUCCUCCAUCCACAACGGAGACAUGGAGAAGAUCCUGCUGGACGCUCAGCACGAGUCGAGCCGCAGCAACUCGUCCUGCGACAGCCCGCCGCGGCCCCACUCCCCCCAGGACGAGGGACAGAUCAUCUUCGACGUGGACACGACCGGCCGAAGAGACAGCCAGUCUGAAGAGGACGCCCUGGACAAGGAGAGGGACAUGGACAUCCUGAUGAAGGACGCGGACUGGGUCGCCGACUGGUCCAGUCGACCCGAAAACAUUCCCCCCAAGGAGUUUCAUUUCCGCCACCCUCGUCGCUCGGUGAUGCUCAGCAUGAGGAAGACCGGCGCCAUGAAGAAGGGCGGGAUCUUCUCUGCCGAGUUUCUCAAAGUCUUCAUCCCCUCGUUGCUGCUAUCGCACAUCCUCGCUCUGGGCCUGGGUGUUUACAUCGGGAAGAGGCUGACCACGCCGCCGGCCAGCUCCUUCUGAACCCAAACUGAAGACAAGUGCCUGAAGAGAAGUUGCCACGAGCCGUUUCUGGAUGAUUUGUGCUGUUGUGAGAAGAUUGCCCGUCUCUCGUCCCUCUUCCUCACCUGCCUGCCUCCUCUUCCUCCUGCUUCGUUUUAACCCCUUCCCUCCCUCCUCCUGUUUUCCUCUAACCGUCUGCAGCUUUCUGAGGUCGUAUUUUCCCCUCUAGAAGUUUCUAAGCGGAUUGUUGCAGUGUUGAAAAUAAGAGACUGACCAGAGAUUGUGCCACCUGCGUGAAGUAGCCCAGCUCUCGAUCACGACCAAAUUCAGACCGAAGCUCAGUCUGGAAAUGUGAUCGCGCCUUUUUUUUCUCCUUUUUCUGAAAGUGGCCAUUUUUGUUUCUUCUUCUUCUGCUGAUUGUGUUUACUUUAUUUAUUUAGCAAACAAUGGUUGUCUACAGAGACAGCAGCCAACUCAAACCUUUAUUCUGACCAGUUUUGAGAGGCAAAGACCCUGUGACACUAACUGGGAACCAGUCUGAGUUGCACACACUGGAAAAAAGCUAAAUAUUACCAAGUAGUUUUGGUGGAGCUUAUAGUGGAAGUGUUUUCGUACGCUUAAAAUAAGACGAAACAAACUUACAAAUAACUUUUAAUCAAGAAAUUGGAGCUUGUUUUGUGUCAAUAAUUCCUUAAUAUUGGUAAAAAAUAUUGUAUUUUUUUCUGCCAAGAAACUGAAAUUUUUUUGCCUCAUUUCAGAAAUUCUGUAGAAAACACAAAUAAAUGCCUCAGCUUCAAAACUUGAAGAUUUGCUAGGAAAAAAAUAUGUUUCAAAAAUUUUCUAGAAAAGUUAAGAAUGUGCAAGAAAACUCUCAAAAUGUUUAGAUUAAUCUCAGAAAGUUUCUUGAGAAAUUUCUGAGCUCCGACAGUGGAAAAUUUGCUGGGAAAAAAAUCUCAGAUAUUUUUAGAUUUAUCUCAGAAACUUUCUAGAAAAAUUUGGCAAUUUCUUGAGUUUCAAAAAUUUAACAUGUUUCACUUUUGAAUCUCAAAAAUUUUAUAAAAUUUCUGAUUAAUCUAAAAAUUUCAGAGUUUUUUGGUGAAAAUUUACUCCUCGGUCGUAGCAAUAAUCUGCCGUUGGAAAUAGUAAUUUUUCAUCCAUAUUAAGGACAUAAAACAAUCUCCUAAUUUUUUGCUGAAAAGUCCCUUUAAAGUUAAUUUUGUCUUAUUUCUAGCAUACUAAGAUAUUUGCACUAGAAACUGGACAUAAACCUUCGGUAACAUGUUGUGUUUUUGCAGUGCAGAACUCUUCAGGUUCAGUCUGACUCGUUUUAAUCGACUUUUUCCUGAACGUUUUUCAAGAAGAAAAUAUUUCACAAAGAAAUUUAACGUUUCUAUUAGGAGUUUAUUGUUUCAGAGAUGGUUUUAAGGAAAGCAGCGCUCUUGCACUCCAGAGAAAACAGUGAAGCACUCCGUAGAUCUGCAGGUGAUAGAAAGUGGCUGUGCAAACGUAGAAAAGCACUAACAGAUGGUUCUGGCAUGACGGCCUCAAAGUUCUGGUGGUUCUGAACAACCAGGAACGAGAAAAUGAGGGAAAAAUUGAUGAUUAUGAUUUACAGCUAAAAAAAAACUAAAUUCAGUUUUUAUGAAUUAGGAUAUUAAGUCAGAGCACUGAAAAUGACGUUGGACUUGUUGAUUAAUUAUCAUCAAAAUUAUGAUUGAAAAAUAUUAGAUUUUUUACAUUUUAUCCCUAAAUUAAAUAACUACAAGAAAAAAAUCUGAAUGUAACAACUAAAGGUCUUUAAUUUCUAAUUAAAUUAUAUCUUUGACCUUUUUCUUACAUGAUCAUAACUUCAAUAUUUGUCCGAUUCAUAAAUUAAUCAAUUUUACUGUUAUUGUGCCUCUUUAACUUCUUAAACCAGAUGAAGCAUGGAAGACAAAUGAAUUUAAAUAAUCAGGUCAUAAAAUAACAGAUUUCUUUCUCUGAAAAUGUUAUAAAAAAUCUGGAAUUUCAAAAUAGAAAUUUACUUUCGUUUUCUCUAUUCUGUCAGUUCUCUCCAAGUUUUUUUUCCUUCCAUUAAACUUUCCAUUAAUAUUUGUUUUGAAGAGAACUGAUUCUAAAAUGUUUUAUUGGUCUUAUUCUAAAUUUUUGACGAGCAAAAUUUUAUGUUUCCCUUGGCUGUAAGUCAUAAUCAUCAUAAAGAUAUUUGAAUUUGUUGAUGGGUUUAACCGGCACCAUCAACAGAUACUUUGAUUUCAGGAGGAAAUAAAUGGAAAUUGUGAUUUUUACUCCUUUUUUUGCACUUGUUGGAUAGAAACAAAUCAAGAACGUUCCCUGUUCCCUCAUCAAAACAAUCUCAAUUGAUGAUUCCAUGAACACAAGACAAAAACAGCUCAGCAUGCCUCUGCAUUAAAAACCUUUUAACUUCCUGUUUUGUUUUUUAACUUCCUGUUUUGUUUUUGUUUGCUGCCCCCUUGUGCUGGUGCUUGUAUUUGUUCCUGCUACAGUUAAACCUUACAUUUUGUGUUCUUUCCUGUUAUUCGUUUUGAACCAUUUUCGUUUCCUGCUGUCGAAGAAGAGAUUGUGAAUGCACACACUGGGACUCAAGCUUGACGUGAAAAUAUUUCAAAAGCGGGAAAAUAAAACUCCUUCCUGAAGAAAAAGGAAAGUGUGGAGAGAGCUUUUCCUCCAUUAGACUGUGACGGUCCGAGAGAAGUUCUUGAUGCAUUUGCUUUAAUUUUUUUCCUGCUACAUUGAAAACAUUGAUAAACAUUUUGUCAAUAAACAUGACCUGAGUGGAAAUGGCG